AUGACCAAGCGAAAGAGCGCCGGCGCGAGUCCUGCGACGUCUCCGCUGUCCAAAGGCCUCCCGACCGUUGGCAGCAUGGACGCGGCUACCUACCUCUCGCAGCUCCAGUCGCGCGAUUCGGCGGCGUCGCCCUCGCGCACCUCGAGCCUCAUCUCGUACGGCACAGGCUCGACCAUGCAUGGCAGGGACCGCUCUGGCUCGGACGCCGGGCGCUCAGACUCGUCGGGUGACUCGGAGCAGAGCACGCGAUCGUCGACCUGGCGCGGCGUCGGCAGCCUCAUGCCCACCCCUUCACACAUCUCGGCCACUCGGCCGCCGACGACUUCGUUCGACGUCGACUUCAUCCCCAAUCCUCAGGACCCCUACUCGCUCCGCCACUCUGAGUACGGCUACGACCUCGACCCGGCACACCGCACCAUCUCGCAACAUACCCCCGGCGUCAGCCUCAAGGCGAGCGAGGAGGAGCCGUCCGUCUGGGUCUACCUGCAGACCUACCUCAGCUAUGCCAUCCUGAUCGUCAUCGGCCACAUCCGCGACUACGUCGGCAAGCGACUCUUCCCCGCCUCGUACUCGCACCUCCGACCAAGCCACGGCUACGCCCCUCUCUUCUCCGAUUUUGAUUCGUUCUACACCCGUCGCCUCAAGCUCCGCCUCGAAGACUGCUUCGCCCGACCCGUCACUGGCGUCGCAGCCCGUACGGCCACCCUGAUCGACCGCACCCCGACCGACUUCUUCGCCGACUUUGUCUUCACGGGCGAGACGACGCAAGCGCUCAACGUCUCGUCGUACAACUACCUCGGUUUCGCCCAGUCGCGCGGACCUUGCGCCGACGAGGCCGAGACGAUCGUCCGCGACAUGGGCGUCUCGCUCACCGGCUCGCGCAACGACGUCGGCACGUCGACGCUGCACGUCCAAGCCGAGCGUCUCGUCGCCCGCUUCCUCGAAGUCGAAGACUCGAUGAUCGUGUCGAUGGGUUUCGCAACCAACUCGACGACCCUGCCCGCGCUCAUGUGCAAAGGGUGCCUCAUCAUCUCGGACGAGCUCAACCACUCUUCGAUCCGCUUUGGUGCGCGUUUGUCUGGCGCUAUGGUCAGGCAGUACAAGCACAACGACAUGGAGGACCUCGAGAACCUUUUGCGCGAGUGCAUCAGUCAGGGCCAGCCGCGCACCCACCGCCCGUGGAAGAAGAUUCUCCUCAUCGUCGAAGGCCUGUACUCGAUGGAGGGAACGCUCGUCGACCUGCCGCGCAUCCUCGAGCUCAAGGACGUCUACAAGUUCUACCUCUACGUCGACGAGGCGCACUCGAUUGGGGCUCUCGGACCUCGCGGACGCGGCGUUUGCGACUACUUUGGCAUCGACCCGCGACGGGUCGACAUCCUCAUGGGCACCUUUACCAAGUCCUUUGGCGCGGCCGGCGGCUACAUUGCCGGGUCUCACGAGCUCAUCUCCGCCCUCCGCCUGACCUCUCACGCCCAAAACUAUGCCGAAUCGAUGUCGCCCCCGGUCCUCGCGCAAAUCGUCACCUCGAUGGGCUCGAUCAUGGGACCCGAAGCGGUCAAGCUCGUUCCGGCGCUGCAAAAGUUGCCCCUCGAAGUCAUGGACGGCCGAGAUGGACAAGAUCGGUUGCGCCGCCUCGCGUUCAACUGUCGGUACCUUAGCAAUGGACUCCGCAAGUUGGGGUUCAUCGUCUAUGGUCAUCAAGACAGCCCGAUCGUGCCCCUCCUCAUCUUUGCGCCUGCCAAAAUGGGUCUCUUCAGUCGCAUGAUGCUCGAGCGGUACAAGAUCAUCGUCGUCGUCGUCGCUUACCCUGCCACGCCGCUCGUGUCGUCCCGCGUGAGGUUCUGUUUGUCCGCGGCACACACGAAGGCAGACCUCGACCGUAUCCUGAGGGCGACAGACGACAUCGGCGGUAUCCUCGGCCUCAAGCUCUCGCCGCACGGCAAGCACUACAACAUCGAGGAAGUCAUCGCGAACGGCGUCGAGGAGGUUCGGGAAUCUGAGCGACGCUACGAGCGCGCCGUCGCAGCAUACGAGCAUGCUUAG